CCAGGGAAGCAAUCCGCUCGCUCGCUCGCUCGCUCACAUCGCGCUCUGCUGCCGCCGCCGCCGCCGCCGAUUCCUCGCAGCUCGCGCCGCCCAUGGAGGUGAAGGUGGAGGAGGAGGAGGCGGACGCGGUGCAGCUGGAGGUGGCCGCCAUUCUGUGCAACAUGAGCAGACUGAUGCGGGCGCGGGAGCGGCGGAAGCGGCGGCGCGACCGCGCGCGCGACGCGGUCGCGGCCGCGUUCCCGGUGAUCCCCUCGUGGGGCCGCCGCCGCCCGCGGUCUAUGCCGGAGGUCCCGCCUCCUGACCCCCCGGCACCAGCUCCCGCGCCCGUGCCCGCGGCCGCCGAGAGGGACGACGCCGCUAGUCCCGACACCCCGCUCGCGUACCCGGAGAGCGGCGGGGACGACGCGUCGCCGAAGGCGAAGGGCGAGGUCGCCGCCGUCCACCCACGGGACCAGUGGGCGGAGGAGCAGCACGGCGAAGCGGCGGCGGCGGCGGCGGAGGCGAGCUUGUCCCCGCCCCAAGAGAACGCGCGUCCACUCCAGGUCGCGAGGAGGGAGCAGGACCCGGUGCCGGUGCCGGCGCCGGCGCCGGCGCCACUGGUGGUGCUGGACCUGAACGAGCCGGCGGGCGAGGAAGAGCAGCAGCAGCAGCUCCAGCAGCAGGCGCAGGCGCGGGCGGCGGCGGCGGUGGAGUGGUACCGGCAGGUGCAGAUGCGUGCCGCGCUGCAGAAGGCGGCCGUGUCGGCGGGUGCCCGGCGGCGCCGCCUCGAGAUCCUGCGGGCCAAGGCGGCGGCGUGCCCGCUCGUGUCGUCGAGCAGGAUGCGGCGCGCCGGGUGAGUGUGACGGCGACGACGCGUGUGCAAGUUUUGAAGGGAGCGUGGCUGCCAGGCUAGUAGAGCUAGUCGAACCGGACUAGCUGUAGUAGUGAGUGUAGUGGCAGCGUGUUACUGUAGCAGCUUAGUGCUACCUAUUUGUUACAGUGCUAGUGAUUGUUCUUUUUGCCAUGGAUGACAAUUGAGAUUGGGGUGGGUAGUAGGAGGAGGAAGAGGAACUGGAGAUGUUCAUAUUCAUCUUGUCGAUCUAGGGCUUGAUUUGAGAGUGAGGCAAUGAGCGAGUUGUCGUCUGAAUCGUCUUGGAACGCUGUCAGAUUUUGAUAAGUAGCAUAUCAGAAGUGAUCAAAUAGUAUUGGUUUAACUGUAUGUAUCAUUGUAUUGGCGUUGCAGCAAGUUGGCGUAGUACAUUGCAAUUCCAAGUGGUGGUGACAUGACA